AUGGGAUUAAGUCGUUAUAUACGAACUGUCCAGUAUACUCUUUCAGUUGUAUUGAUAAUAACAUCUUAUUCUCAAGUAACCCAGGCAAUCGAUUACGUUAAACGUCGUAAAAUGGAUGGCAUUGGUGUUCGAAAUGAAAUGAAUAAUUUUUACAGUUAUGAAUACAUCUGUGAUCAUGAAUUCGAAUUUCAUUUACGUGGAGUGGACUUAAAAUUUUUGAAUAGCCUAUUACUUUAUCUCCAUAAAGGCUUUUCUGAUUUCCAAAAAUGGUUUGAAUUAUUUUUGUAA